AUGGCGUCUCUCGCGGUGAUGGUGGUGGCCGCUGCUGCCCUGCCCGCCCUGCUCGAGGCUCGGGUGCUUCCCAAGGACGUGUCGCUCUACAGGGGUGACAUCGAGAUGCCAGAUGUCAUCGAGGGUGACAUCUACAUGCCACCAAUCACAUCGCUAUCGGACCUGCGUGCCCGGACCAAGGAAACCCCGCUGUGGCGCCAGGGCGUGGUGCACUUUGUCAUCGACCAAGCCUUCGACUCCUGGGAGAAGGAGGAGAUCAUGAGCGCCAUGCAGCAGAUUGAAUCCGUGUCCUGCGUGCACUUCAAGGAACGCACCAACGAGGAGGGCUUCGUUCACAUACUCAGCAGUCAGGGCUGUUUCUCCGAGGUGGGCAUGUCCGGACUUCGGCAGCUGGUGUCGCUCAACUUCGAGGUGUGCGCCACGUACGGCACCAUCGUGCACGAGCUCCUGCACGUGCUCGGGCUCUGGCAUGAACAGUCACGCGCCGACAGGGACCGCUACGUCCGAGUCGUCUGGAACAACGUUGUUCCCAGAUUCAAGGCGAACUUCAUGAAAACCAACCGAGUGCCGUACCUGAACGAGGACUACGACUACGAGUCGAUCAUGCACUACUUCUUCAACGCUUUUUCCAAGGACCCCGAGCAGGCCACCCUGGUGCCGAGAAGCCGCGGCAUCGAACUGUUCAACCUGGGGCUAGCCUUCAAGGAGAACCGGAUGACCAAGGUGGACAUUCACAAGCUGAACACGAUCUACAGGUGUCCCGUCGAUACGGUGCCGCACGCCAAUGACGGUAAUAGAGAGAAGGAAACGGAUCAUUUCAGUCUAAAUUAA